UCUCUCUGAAAGGUUGCAGUUCAAUAUAAAUACUUUAUUUUAUUUAUCUAAAUACACGACGGAGAAACAGAUAAUUUCGUCAAAUAUUUGUUCUUCUUGUUCUUCAUCAUCAAUUCAUCUCUCUCUUUGAAUAUAUUCAUUCGUGCAAAAAAGGAAGGAGCUUGAAACAGAAGAUGAAUGAUGUAACACAGCUUGAAACAGAUUACUCUGACUUUGUUGAACUUGAUCCAACCGGUAGAUAUGGCAGAUACAAUGAAAUUCUCGGCAAAGGAGCUUCUAAGAUAGUAUAUAGAGCAUUUGAUGAGUAUGAAGGGAUUGAAGUUGCUUGGAAUCAAGUCAAACUUUAUGAUUUCCUACAAAGUCCUGAAGAUCUAGAAAGGCUUUACUGUGAAAUUCAUCUCCUCAAGACUUUGAAGCAUAGAAAUAUUAUGAAAUUUUACACUUCUUGGGUUGAUACUGCAAAUCGAAACAUCAAUUUUGUUACUGAAUUGUUUACUUCUGGUACUCUUAGACAGUAUAGGCUAAAGCAUAAGAGAGUUAACAUCAGAGCAGUGAAGCAUUGGUGUAGACAGAUCCUAGAAGGACUUCUAUAUCUUCAUAGCCAUGAUCCACCUGUGAUCCAUAGAGAUCUCAAAUGUGAUAAUAUUUUCAUUAAUGGAAAUCAAGGGGAAGUGAAAAUUGGGGAUCUUGGCUUGGCAGCAAUCCUCCGGAAAUCGCAUGCUGCUCAUUGUGUAGGAACGCCCGAAUUCAUGGCACCAGAAGUAUAUGAAGAGGAAUAUAAUGAAUUAGUUGACAUAUAUUCCUUUGGUAUGUGUGUAUUAGAAAUGGUCACAUUUGAGUAUCCUUAUAGCGAAUGCAGCCAUCCAGCACAAAUCUACAAGAAAGUUUCUUCUGGUAAAAAACCGGAUGCUUUGUAUAAAGUAAAGGAACCAGAAGUGCGAGAAUUUGUUGAUAAAUGCCUGGCAACAGCGUCUCUAAGGCUCUCUGCAAGGGAGCUUCUGGACGAUCCUUUUCUUCGAAUCGAUGAUUAUGAAUAUGAUUUGGGACCGACAGAUGUUGGAGAGUUCGAUGACUUGAGUCCUCUCUUUAGUCAGUCAUUCUUUGCCCUCGAUCGCAGCUAUAGUAACAUAAGUACUGAAUACUCAAAUGGUUUUGGGUGUGAAGUAGAUUGGUAUUCUCUUCCAGCUGAGGUUGAACAUAGUGGAAUUGAACUUUUUGAGUCCCAUGACGAUGAACACUCCAAAGAUGUCGACAUAAGCAUCAAAGGCAAGAGGAAAGACGACGGUGGCAUCUUUUUGAGACUAAGAAUUGCAGACAAAGAAGGUCAUAUCCGAAACAUUUAUUUCCCGUUUGACAUAGAGAUGGACACAGCACUAAGCGUAGCAACUGAAAUGGUUGCGGAACUCGACAUUACCGAUCAGGAUGUUACUAGAAUAGCUGGUAUGAUAGAUGGCGAAAUUGCUUCUUUGGUACCUGAAUGGAGGCCAGGACCAUUAAUUGAAGAAACCGCUCACUCUGAAAAUCAAAGAUUCUGUUGUAAUUGUGUGUCAAAACAUACUUCUGGUGGAAUAGUUAUGGAUUUUCUUUCACAUAAUCAAGGUAGAAAAAACCUGCAGCUUCUUGAAUGCAUCGGGCACGGAUGUGCUUCAAUGCACGGCCGGUUCGAGGAGGUUUCGUUCGAAUCUGAGGAAUAUGACAACCAUGUUAGAGAGGAUGCACCUAACAACAUGUCAAACCAAUCAGACUUCUUGUUGCAGUAUCAGGAAUCGUGGAAUCAUCACGAAAGCCGCGAACUGAGUCCGGUUGAGUCCACUCAAAGCCAUUCUGACGAACAAUAUGAACUACUAUUAGAUAAAUCAUCGUUGGCUGAAGAAAAAGGAGAGGGUGCAUGGGAAAACAAUUUUGCACUCAAUGCAGGAAACUCAGAAAACUUAUCAGUGAACGAUUAUUUCUCUACUACCGGUUCGCUAUAUAGUGACGUUGAGAAUGAUUAUGAGAAAGAGAUUCAACAUGAGCUGAGAUGGCUGAAGGCAAAAUAUCAAAUGGAGUUAAUGGAACUUAGGGAUAAACAGUUGUGUCUAGCAGCUAAAUCUCCAAAUACUAGUGACAGAGAGCACGAAACACCGCCUGAAAUGGUGAAUGGGGUCGAUAACGAGAUUCACUCGAAACCCAUUGGUAAUUACAGAAAUUAUGAUUCUCAAGAGCACAAGAGCCACCCGAAUUUGGACACCCGAAGGGACCAAAGUUGCGCGGUGAAGUGUUCCGAUGAAGAAGAAAUUUCAUCAAGAAACAUCUCACAGGGCUGUUCCAAGCAGCAAUGCAACCACAAAUACUGUGCAGAACAUGAAUGCCAGAGAUUUUGCUGUUUUCGUCCAUGCUGGUUGUUUUCAUGCAGAACUGACAUGGUAGGGACUCGUCGCGUACGACGACAACUCCGGCGUUGUUUCCGUGUAAUUGUGCCAAAAAGAAAAAAUUGCAGCAGACCCAUUGUUGGCUGAAGUACUUGGAGUUCGGUGGAACCUCCAAAUGGUUGUAGGUCUGUGAAUAUGAAUCUGAACAGAAUAUCUUUAUUUUUUGAUGUUACUACUGUUAAUUGUCUCAAUUUCAAUCUGUAUGCUGAUCUCAUCCUUAAUUGUAAGAUGCUAAUGAACCAAUUAGAAUUGGUUAAUGUAAACCAUGUUAAUAGGCAAUUGAAUGUUGUGGCUCAUGAGCUUGUUGGGUUGUCUCAAAGUGUUGACACAAAAACUUGAGGGGCAUGUCAUAUACCAAACAUCUGCUACAUUCUGUACUGGUUUUAUUUUACCAUAUUAAUAAAAGUAUUCUCACUUCAAAAUAAAA